CAGGCUUCUCCCGUCCGAAGCCACCGGCAGCAUGGUGGAGAACUCGCCGUCGCCCUUGCCAGAGAGAGCCAUUUACGGCUUUGUGCUUUUCCUAAGUUCCCAGUUUGGUUUCAUACUUUAUCUAGUGUGGGCUUUUAUUCCUGAACCUUGGCUACACUCCUUGGGCUUAACCUAUUGGCCUCAAAAAUACUGGGCAGUGGCAUUACCUGUCUACCUCCUGAUAACUAUAGUGAUCGGUUACCUUCUCUUAUUUGGAAUUAACAUGAUGAGCACCUCUCCACUCAACUCCAUUCAUACAAUCACAGAUAACUAUGCCCAGAACCAACAGCAGAAGAAAUACCAAGAGGAGGCCAUCCCAGCAUUAAGAGACAUUCCUAUUAGUGAAGUAAACCAAAGGUUCUUCCUUUCAGCCAACAAACUCAGCACCAAAACCUGACUCGUGUAAUCACACUGAAACCAAGCCUUAGUGUAUAUAUUUUGGAAUAUUUUGGUCAUAAUUCUAUUAACUGUCUUAGUUAUACCUCGUUUUGAAAAAUGAAAAUUUUUUUUCAUAUUAAGUUCCAUUAUUAUAAUAAUGGAUAUGUUUUUAAAUAUAAGUUAUAAAUGGACAGAAUAAAAUGCAUUAUUGUAUUACUC